AUGCAGUACGUGCCUUUUGCCUCCGAUAUCGAAAUCCCGUUCUACGCCUCACUGGCGUCGCACAAAAUCAACCAUGACAAGCUGGACGACUCGGCCCGGAAAUUGUUGGGCCUCUACGAAAUCCGUCCCGCCGACAACAAGGAGCAUUCCUGCCGCAUGCAGAUCCACGCCAAUGCCCUGACCAAUGAUGAAGUGCCGGCCGGCUCUUAUCGUGCAGAGGGCAUGAUCAAGAACGUCAACACGAUCGAGGAGUAUCGCAACAUCGACAAGUUGGCCAUGAUCCAACAGGCCGGGAAGACGAUUUGGGAUGCCAUCAACGACGGCACCAUCUACUCGUGUCCCAGUCUCCUGGCCUCCUUCUUGGUCCUCAGCUUCGCAGACCUGAAGAAAUACAAGUUCAACUACUGGUUUGCGUUUCCGGCCCUGGUCAUGGAUCCGCCCUGGGUGCCGAUGACCAGUGGUGGAAGUCUCGCAAGUCCAGAGACGGAUAUCUCUUACAGGAAACUGACCUCGAUCGAGAGCACGACCUUGGUGGAUCGUGUACAGACCUGGAAAUACGCCGUGGACCCGAGACAGCAUGGAUUCUUCCUCGUCAAAAAGGUGCGCGACGCUUCUUUUGGUCACAAUUCCAACAAUGGCGGCGGCGGCGAGGAGGAAUUCGGUCCCACUUCUCCGCAGUCGCCACCUACUCCUACGGCAAGUCUCGGCUUCACCUGGCAAGUAUCCUCAUUAUCGGGCUUCGACACGGGGUUCUUUGAUGGCGGAGAUCCGGAAGACUCUUUCGUCGCUUUCGCCGACCCUUCCAACUACGCCGAGCCGGGCCCGGUGGCGCCGGGAUGGAUGCUGCGAAAUCUCCUCGUUCUGGUCCGGCAACGGUGGAAACUCGACAAAGUACAAGUCCUCUGCUAUCGCGAGACGCAAAUGCGUCGAGACGCCGCGCGGAGCGUCAUCUUCAACAUGGAAAUAUCCAAACAACCGUCUAAACAGAGUAGCAAUGCAGGAGACGCUGCCCGACCACCAGACUAUUCGCAGACCAUGCCCAAAGUCGUAGGCUGGGAACGCAACGCCCUGAACAAGCUCACCGGUCGCAUGGCCGACCUCACCGAAUACAUGGACCCGACCAAACUGGCCGACUCGUCCGUCGACCUGAAUUUGAAACUCAUGAAAUGGCGGAUAUCGCCGAACCUGAACCUCGAGAAGAUCAAGGAGACGAAAUGCCUCCUCCUCGGCGCCGGGACGCUCGGGUCUUAUGUGUCAAGAAACCUGAUGGGGUGGGGAGUCCGGCACAUCACGUUCGUGGACAACGGGAGCGUCUCGUUUUCCAACCCCGUCAGACAGCCACUCUUCACAUUUCAGGACUGUCUCGAGGGCGGAAAGAAGAAGGCCACUGCCGCUGCGGAGGCGUUGAAGACGGUAUACCCCGGCGUCCAGUCCAAAGGGUAUGUGUUGAGCGUGCCCAUGGCGGGACACCCGAUUACGGAUCCCGAGAAGACGAAGGCGGAAUAUGACACGUUGGAAGCACUGGUGGAUGACCACGACGUGAUUUUCCUGCUGAUGGACACGAGAGAGUCGAGGUGGUUGCCGACCGUCAUGGGGAAAGCAAAGGGCAAGAUCGUCAUGAACGCGGCGCUGGGGUUUGACACAUACGUGGUCAUGAGACACGGCGUCAGGCCUGAACCCCCCCUGCCGGGCACGCAGAGAGAGGAGGCCGAGAAACAGACCCAGAACCAGGGACAAGGGAAGGGCGAGCUGGGCUGCUACUUCUGCAACGACGUCGUCGCACCCGCAGACUCGAUGAAAGACCUGACCCUCGACCAGCAGUGCACGGUGACGCGGCCGGGCGUGGCGGCCAUCGCGUCCGCCCUGCUCGCCGAGCUCUUCGUUUCCGUCCUGCAGCACCCUCGCGGUGCCGCCGCCCCGGCCUCCCUCUCCUCCGCCGACCGGACCGGCGACAGGGGCGGCGACCAAAACCACGACCACCCGCUCGGCCUCGUCCCGCACACGAUCCGCGGCUUCCUGGCCACCUUCUCCAACAUGGCCAUCACGGGCACGGCGUAUAAACACUGCAGCGCCUGCUCGGACAAGGUCCUCGACGCGUACGAGGCCGGCGGGUGGGGGUUUGUCCAGCGCGCACUGAACGAGAAGGGCUUCGUCGAGGAGAUCAGUGGGCUGAAGGAGGUGCAGAGACUGGCUGAGGAGGCUGCGAGGGAUAUCGAGUUCAGCGAGGAAGAUGAAGGCGUCGAGGAUGAGGAGGGGGAAUUGAUUUAG